CAAAAUGACUUCCAUCAGGGCUAUUGCUGUUCUUUGCUUCGUGGUCUGUAUGUCUGCGAUUGAGUCACAAGGCCGUGUGGCCAGGAAGGACCUGGGUCUUGAUCUUGGUGGCUUGGGAGUUGGCCUUGGUGUUGGCUUGGGCUUGGGCUUAGGCGGUGGAAGUGGAAGUGGCAGUGGCAGUGGAAGUGGCAGUGGAAGUGGCUCGGGUUCUGGUUCUGGAUCGUAUUCGUCGUCCCAGUCGUCAAGCUCUAGCUAUGGAGGCUCCGGCGCAGGCUCAGAAGCUGGUUCCUACGCUGGCUCUUAUGCUGGGUCACGUGGAGGCUCGGAUUCGGGAAGGAAUUACAGGAAUGGUGGUUCGGGUUAUGGGGAGGGUCGUGGCUAUGGCGAGGGACGUGGAUACGGCGAAGGCGGGAACAACUGAGACCAAAGAGUCAAAGACAAAAUUAGGACAUCGAAUAAAAACCAGAACGGAUGGUAUUAGUAACUAUAAAUAGUUUAUGUCAUUAUGUAAGCAGCUUAUGAUUUGCUCUUGUCGUUCAAAUAAUUGGUAGAAGAAAAAUGGUGUAUUUAUAUUCAAAAUGAAUAAUAUAAGUUUGUAACA